UGGAAGGGUUUUUUUUGUAAACUAAGUUCCUCAGACAGGAUCCUUCAUCUGUCAAACAUCCUCUCUGGAAAUCGCUCCCCAUACCAUGAGGUUAGAAAAGGUUUAUAAGAAAAUCUUUGUCUCUUUUGAAGCAGAAGACUCUGCUAUUGUUGUUCCUCAGUAAAAAACCAGGACCUGAAACAGAUGUGAGACACUUUCUGUUUUUGCAGCGGAGCUUCACAUGUGGUUGAAAUGUGAGUCCGUCAAAAAAUGUCCUUUCCAGAAAACCACAGGGAUCGUCCUCUCGUCAGCUGUUAUUCCUGUCCCCGCCGUGUCCACACACCGCUGCAUGGGACGGGAAAAUCUGUCCUUAACAUCCAUCAGAGACAUUUCAACAGUUUUUCACUUUGUAUAUCUCACUCUUGUGGACUAUAAAGGGCGUCACAGCGGUGUAGUGGUUAGCACUGUCGCCUCACAGCAAUAAGGUUCUGGGUUCAAGCCUAGCAGCCGACGGGGGCCGUUCUGUGUGGAGUUUGCAUGGUCUCUCCCCAUGUCUGUGUGGGUUUCCUCCGGGUGCUCCGGUCUCCCCCACAGUCCAAAGACGUGUGGAUUCGGUAAAAUCCCCAGCCACUGGGGUUGUACAAGCCAGUGCAGACUGAGUGCCAGCCCCAAACCCGGAUAGAUGGGGGAGGGUUGCGUCAGGAAAGAUAUCCAGUGUAAAACCUACACCAGGUCUGAUAUAUGGAUCAGACCCGCUGUGGCGACCCCUAAAGUCCAGGAGCAGCUGAGAGAAGAAGAGGAAGACUCCUGUGGACUAUCGGAGAGGUGUUCAGUUUUAGAAAUGCACUCUCCACCUCUCCUCCCCACGGUGACACGCCCAGUGUUGGAUCUGCAGCUCUGAAACUCUGCACCAUUCAGUUCCAUGUCAGAAGGGAGCUUUUAGCAGCAGAGCAACACGAGAAUCUGAGGUUUAAUUUUCAGACUUCUGUGGACCUGAGAAGUUUCCCCUGAUUGUGAAACAGCUCGGAUAUCGUUCAGAUUAGAACUGUAGCUUUAAAAGUGUGAUGUGGUGUGAGAGCUGUGAGUGGAGUGUGUGCUGAAGGGAGAAAGUGUGAUGGUCAGAUUUCACGUUUCAGUGUUUCGAGUGUGACGUCUCUGAGACUCGGGUCAGAACGGAGCAGAACUUUUUAUUCCCCUUUGAUCUCGUGUGUGUUGAAGCUGUAAAGUGUGUGACGGAGUGAGGAUCAGGCUGUGGUGAUGAAGAUGAUGUGAAUCCAUCAAUCUGCAGUGUCUCACAUCAGAACAGCUCGUAAUUAAUGGCAGUCAAGGACACACACACACACACACACACACACACACACACACACACACACAGAGUUUAUGGCUGUGGAUUUUCACCUUAAUUCAACAGAAACAGAAAGCUGUGUGAGAGAGAGAGAGAGACACACACAGUGUUUCGGUUUCAGUUGAACUGUGAAUUAUGUAAAUGGUGAAAAUAAUUCAGAUGAAAGAUGUUUUAUCUCUCUGUCAAUCAACUUCCUUCAUCUAUCUCUGUGUGUGUGUGUGUGUGUAAGUAAACUAAUUUUGAACUAAGUGUGAAAGAGCAGUGAGGGUGUGCAGUGUUUUCAGUUUAACGAACAUGAACUUCUUCACAGUUUGGGGGUGGAGCCUACAUGGGCGUGGCCUGUGAGACACUAAAACUGCACUAAAAAUAAGUGGCUGUGGAUGUUUUGAAGCUGAACACCGGGGUGUUGAGCAACGCAGUGACGUUUAGUUCACGGUUCUAGAGGGACAGAAAUCACAGCGUGUCCUAAACCUUGUUAACUCGCUGAACACCUGGGCGGGGCUUUACUGCGACUUUAAAGGAAGUGCUGUUAAUAAAUAAUAAUAAUACAUUUCAAUUAAAAAGCAACUUAUUUAAUUUUGGGUUUUGCAAUGAUUUUUCAUGCAGUCGGCAGUGUUUCUGUGGUCUGGGUUUCUCAGUGUUGUGGAAUGGUGUGUGCGUGUGUGUGUGUGUGUGUGUGUGUGUGUUUCGGUCUCUCAGGGUCGUGUCCAAACCUGUGAAGUGACGGUGACAUCAGAAACUACUCUUUUAUUAGUGAGAAGUUGAAACAGAUGCUGAAGGGUUGUGUGUGAGAGAGAGAGACAGAGAUGCAGUCAUUAAGAGCAGGAUUGGGAGUGUAUUGUUGUUGAAGGGUGUGUCUGUACCUAUCGCUCUGCCGUGUGUGAACUUGUUCUCGUUGAAAUUCCAGGUGAGUUGUGCAACGUGUGUGUGUGUGUGUGUGUGUGUGUGUGAGAGAGGGAGACAUUUUGCUCGUCAUGUUCUGCUCGUCUGCAGAGGGACUUGAUGCUGAUGGUGUGCAGAAGUGAUCCUGUAGCUGUGUUCCGAUCCUGCUCCCAUUCACGUGUGUGUUUAAAGGACUUGUGUGAUGUCUGAUUUCAACUGCGAGUGGUUUUUUUUUUUUCUCCUUCCUUUCUGAGGCUGAAAACGACCCUGAAAACUUUUGCUGAAAUUUUUCAUAAACACCUGCCCAGUCCCAAGUUAUGCCCCUAGCGACGCCCUUAGCAACCAAGACGUCUUCAGGAAGCUCAGGUAAUCCUCAGCCGUGACGCUGCAUCAGGAAUAACACGGAGAGAGAGAGAGAGAGCACGCGCCCUGUGGAAAUCCAGCUGGAGGAGAUUUGGGAAAUGUCACUCUUUGUUGUAUCUGUGGUGGUGUGAGUGAGUGAGGAGAAGGUGCUGCAUGUUGUCUUCUCUGUGUAUGAACCAGAUGCAAGUGAUGCCAAAAAUCUGGUGCCUGAACAACUGGAAUGGCGACGUGAUGCGACCCAUCGAGACUGAGUGGCGUAAUGUCGAGUGGGCGUGAGUCAGUGGGUGAUUUGAUUCCCCAGGACGUGCUGGAGGUUUUUGCCCAGGAGCGACAGAGUAAGCGGGGCAAAAGAUCCCGGAGGCGGAACGCCAUUGGCCGAGCGUUCAGCUGGUUAAAGUUCCGGCGCAGAAAAGCUCUCCGUCUAAGCAAAGACGCAAACAUCGACCUGCUCAUACCUGGACUCCCUGUGCCCAUCCCAGUGCCUUCCACCAGCACAGCCCCUGAUGUGGAAGGUGAGACAUCAUGCUCUCUACAACACUUCCAAGAGAAUGUGUUUAUUGAGGGAAAUCGACCAAAGUAUGUCCAGGAUCUGCAUACGGAGGCUCAGGAGGGUCUGAAACUCCUGCAGCAAGAUGAAAACAGAAACGGUGUGGACUAUCUGGAUGACCAGAGCGUCAUUUCAACAGUGACCGCUCAGACAGACGAUGACAUGAGCUUCAGUGAACUGAGGAUGUCCGAGUCUGAGAGUACUGCUGCUGAUACUAUCUCCACACGUUCCAUCACUUCCUAUCAGUCUUCACGUUCCGGACUCACACGCCAAGGCUCUACCUUCAGACCACUGAAAGAUGACAAGAAACGUGGGAAGAGCAAAUCGAAGGGGAAAAAGGCGGGUACAGUUACAGGAAUACCAAGACAUGUACAGAAAGAACUGGGGCUUGACCGUGCUGCAUGGAUAGCAUCCCAGUUCACUGAUGCUCAGUUGUCCAAUGGAGGUGUAAGCAUUUCCACCGUCAUUCCCACUCUGGAUAGCAUAUCCAUCGCCUCGGUCCCAGACGGAGCAAUAACCCAGCUGCAGAACAUGAACAGGCUUCAGGCAGUAACGGAGGAUCAACCACAGCUCCCUCCACAGGAAGGACAGCAGGAUGACACCUCUCUACUCCGGCACCUGUUACACCAGUCGUUUGACCCAGAGUGUCCAAAUUCACAAGCCAGUCCCUGGAUGACCACAUCAGGCACCUCUCCAUCCAGUCCAGUAAUGUAUGUCUCCCCUGAGGCAACAUACAUGUCCAAGAUCAUCCCAAAUGCGGUACUGCCUCCAUCUGUGGACGUGGUUGAACUCAGCCGCAACAGAAGUCGCAGUAGCGUUCGCAUGGUGAGCAAGAGCAGCCUAGCAUCGGCCAGUCCGGCUCCGUCAAGAGCCUCAUCCCGGGCAUCCUCACGGUUCUCCUCACGAGCUCCAUCAGUGAUGUCCUCACGGAUCUCUUCUCGGGCUUCUACCCAUCGGACUGCCACCCUCUCAGAGUCCUCUGGCUGGAGCUGCUCGGGAUCAUCCGAAACACUGGUCUCCGAUUCUUCCACCAUUUCUAGCAGCAGCACUCCUCGAGUGGCCAGCAGGACAAGCCAGGCAGAGGAAACAGAUGGACCACCUGUGGUCAAAGAUAACCCUGGUGCCCAAAGUACCCCCUUUAAGCCUGUGCAGCUGAAUGGUAACAACCAACAACAAGCUUGGAAGAAGGCAGGAUCCGUAGGUCCUUUUAAUCGCAGUCUGUCAGUGAUGAAAAAGAGCAAGAAACCACCGCCUCCACCAAGUCGUUCAUACUCACUCCAUUCCCGUAUGUAUGCAAGAACCAUUGCUGAGCAUAAAUCUCUGGAAAAUGGGUCUCAGAAAAUCAACUCACCCUACAGUGCCUGUACAGUUCAGAAUGGUGACCGUCAGAGAGCAGUGUUGGCAGAGCUACAGUUAAAGAAAGGUGUUGAAAUGCAUGCAGGCAGUGUACCCUAUUCACACACCAAUGGAGGGAGUCACCAAAUUAAUCUCAAGCAUUUCCUACCAUCUAUUAAAAGUCUAACCGCUAAUGGUGCGGUUGCUUCACCAGCUGUGAUGACUUUUAUUGCGCUCCUUGAUGUUCCAGAUCCUCCUGAAGUUCUAGCUCCACCUCCACCUCCUCCUGAGACAUGGGCACACAAUCGGCGCACCUUCGAACUACUGUGUGGACCUGGACCUGUAAACUUUGAGUGCUGGGCCCAGAAGAGAGGUCUGAAGAUUGAAGUUCCAAUCCAGAUGGUUCGAGAGAAAAUGCCAGCAACAAGUAACAUAACAAAUGUAAUGAAGGACAAUACAGUAGCACCGAAAAUGCAAACUCAAGAAGCCAUGGCCGCUGACACACAAAAUAGAAUUACUCCUACAAAGAUGUCUGUUGAUGUUCAGCCUCCUUCUGGUAACAAUCUGCUUUUAGCCAGGCUUGCCCAUGUCCGUCCAUCCCCGUCUCCUUCACCACCUCCUGAACAUAUACCUCCCCUGCCUCCAACCGACCAAGUUAAACCUCUACAAGAUGAUGUAUCCACCCAGUUCCAAGGACAUUUUGAUGAGAUCAUAUGUCCCCCUCCACACCCUUUGUUCCCACCACCUCCACCUCCUACAAAUGUAUCCCCUCCACAUCUGCCAGGUGGGCAGGAUGAAAUAGAUUUUACAUCUACACCCAUGCCACCUUCUCUAAGCUUUUUAUUUAAAGUGCUCCCAGUGCCACAGGAUGCGCAGCCUUCAACAUUAGAGGAAGCUGCAUCUUCUCCAGCACAGGAAAUCCAAAUCCCACCUCCUCCUGAAAUGAUCCUACCUGCUCCACCAGUGAUCCCACCUCCACCACCAAUGCCACCAUCUCCCCAAUCAAUGCCACUUCCUCCACCGGAAAUCCCACCAUUUUCAACAUCAAGAACUCCUUCUCCGCCAAUGAUCCCUCUUCCUCCACCACUGUUCCCUCCUCCUCUGGAGGCAGUCCCUACUCCCCCAAACCAAACCCUACCAGAUGUAUCCUCAAAGCAAGCUGAAAUCAUGUCCAUGCCAUCUGAUAUUCCUCCACCACCACCAUUACCCACUGAUCUCAAGAAAGUAGUCAAAGCUAUCACAGCUGACAAGCAGGAGAAACCACCACCUCUGCCAACCACCCACACAGGUGCGACUGCAGAGGAAAGUCCUACCCCAAUAGUCACACCGUCUUUAUUACAGACUGUUCGUCUCAGGUCAAUCAGAUCCAACGUGAACCAAACUGAAACAAAUGGUGGACUUCGAAAACCAAAGCAUCAAACUAAUCAAGACACACCCCAAAAGCCAAUAAGAAGAUCUCUGAUUUUGGUUUCACCUGAUCUUCCCUCGCAGUCAGCUACAAAUCAAAAGGAGGACACUCUGCCCACUACCUCUGUAUGGGAGAAUCCGAGCACUACUCCUCCAUCAGACACCCAACCUGAAACUGAACCAAAGAGCAGGAUUGAGCAGGUUUCACUGGAUGUAAAGCUUGAACCCAACAGCCAAGUCCGCAUCACAGACCAGAAAACUCAACAAGCAAACACUGAACCAGUCAAAGAGUCCGUGUCUGCUGAGACAGUCCCCCAAAUACCAAACAAAGCAGAACCUGAACCAAAGAUCACAGUGCAGGAAAUUCAAAAUGCAACACCUGAACCAUCAAUUACACUAACCCCUGCUGAACCAAAAGAUCAAUCCAUUGCGAAUGAGGUAAAAGAAAUCCAAAAUGAUGCUGUUAAAACCGAAGAUAAACAAAGUCCCCAACCACAGCAAGAUGUUAAACUUCCAAAGCCUCAAACUUUAAUCGCCACAUCUCCUAAAUUCAAUCCUGCUCAGAAAGUGCCUCCAGCUAGCAUUUCUUCAUCUUCCAUUAGUCUCCAGGAGGCCAUUCGUCUGAAAACUGCUGCCAUGUCAUCUACAGACAACCAAGCGAAGCGCCUGAGCCUGCUGCAUUCCCCUCCGCUGUCCCCAGGGGCCAUCUCGCAGACGUCCACGGCAAACUUCAUCUUCUCCAAAAGCCAGAAGAAGGUGGUCAUCGAGAAAUCUCCUUUAUCUCCAGAAUCCAAACCAGAUCUGAGGAAGACCCUGGUGCACGAGUUGAAUUCUGUUUCUCAAACAUUCAAACCUGCUGCUGAUCCCCAGAACACAAAAGCCAAAGUCCCGCCUCCAGUUGCGAAGAAACCCAGCGCGAAGAGCGAAAAGAUUACCCAUAAUUCCUCAGAGUGUCAUGUGGACACUGAGCAUGUGCAAACUGCUGGUCAGUGAGCACUGCCAGAGAAGAGAAGGUAAGGCCUUCUGACUUUUAUUUUUAUCCAAAAUAAAUCCAAAUGUCUCCAAGAGCUACAACACUGUUGUUCUCGGGUGAGGAAUGCGACCGAAACACAACUAUUAUUAGAUUCCAGAAAUGAGAAAUGACAUUUGAAACUCUGUUGAAUGAGCACACAAGUCCCAUUUGGAGUUCAUGUUUUACUGAACUUGUCUUUGUCAUCCAGCAGGUGAUGGGCAAGUCAACGCCCGGGACGCUGUUACUUUUCAAAUUCAUCCACUGUAAUGAAUUCCUAUAAGCUGAGCAGUCACUGCCAGAAGGUGGCGCUCUUUAGUGUGCAUGAUGAACAAGAAACUGAAGUGACGGCUCUCGGAGAGAGAAGGUCUCUGAAUGUUGAAGUGGAGAAAAGAAUGAUGAAGGGGGACAAGAAGAAGUAAAGAAUGAGGAAGAGGAAGAAAAAAAGACUGGCUGUGAGUGGAAUGAAUGGAAGAAGGAAAAUUGAAUGAUGAAGGGGGACAAGAAGAAGUAAAGAAUGAGGAAGAGGAAGAAAAAAAGACUGGCUGUGAGUGGAAUGAAUGGAAGAAGGAAAAUUGAAUGAUGAAGGGGGACAAGAAGAAGUAAAGAAUGAGGAAGAGGAAGAAAAAAAGACUGGCUGUGAGUGGAAUGAAUGGAAGAAGGAAAAUUGAUGAGAAAAACAUUGAGAACGAAAAGAAAGGACAAAGAAAGGAAUGAGGAACAUGGACAGUGAGAGAGUAGAAACUCGUGAGAAUUCUUUAUUUGUAAAACAGUAGAAAAGCUUUGUGUUGUUUUUUCGCAGAAGGUGUUGGUCUUUCUGACAUUAAGAGAAUUUAUGAUGUAAAUAAUUUUCUGUACAGUUAAAACUUUCUGCCCAGAACAAAUUUAAAUGGGUCUAUUGACUGGACCUUCCUUAAUUAUGUUUGAUUUUAAUAUAUGACAUUUCUUUGUGCACUACUGUCCUGUAUUUUGGGAAUCACUGAAUAAGGACUUCUAUAAGUUCCUUAAUUUCUGCUCAAUGAUUUAAAAAAAACAAAAACACAUGUCUAACUUAUUGUUUAGAAAGAACGAUCCCAUGUUCACCCGAACCCUGGAGUUCUUUCUGCUCCGGGUUUGUUUAACUGCUUUUCUUUUGCUUAUUGUCCUUUUUAUGAUUUGAUUUCAGAACUAUCGCAGAUAUUUACACAAAGCAGUAUCGCAUGUUUGAAAUGUUAUAAUUAACACCAGGCAUUUUUAUGGUGGCCUGCAAUCGCUUUCCUUUAAAGAGCAGUAUGUUAAUUUUUUCCAUUUAUUAUUUUUUAAACACACAGAAUAAUCACUGGAUUAUAACCAGGUCUUUCUUCAAAAUGUACAAUAUUAAACAGUCUGAAGUACGCAUCUGUCUGUCUGCAUCAACAACAUGAACAUCACAGCGCUGCGGAAUUCUGGAUUCUGAUUGGUCAGGAGGUGUUGAUUAAUUUUCCAUAACACAUUAACACAACUGUUUUAGUCUGUUAUAGUUUCUAUAGUAACGGCUCAUUCACAGUACAGCAGACGCGCCACAGAAACAGAUUAAGUUCAUCGUUGAUGUGGUGAAGUUUUCUUUAAGAUGUCUGAUUAAACGUUGAUGGAAGGAG